AUGGUAACUGUGCCAGCGGCAUUUACAUCACCUCCGAAACGUACUGAACCAAGGAUUGGGACCUGGCCCUUCACCACAGUAGUUCCAGCGACCGGCAUCCUUCCAGCUAUACUGAUGUCACCUAUACCUUCUCCACCAUAUGCUGGAGAAGAUGCUGGGGAAUAUACUGGAGAAGAUACUGGAGAAUAUGCUGGAGAAGGUACUGGAGAAAAUACUGAAGAAUAUGAAGCCGGAUUGACAAUCGGCGACAUGCCUGACGCGAAGCCGAGUGGACCAAAACGAGGAUCAAUACCAGACAAGCCAGCUCCAAUACACGAGCUAUAA